AUGCUUUUAGCACCACGAUUGAGAUUACUUUGUGAACAACCCUUAUCAUGUCCCUAUGGGUGUACAGUUGGAUAUAAGUGUGAUAACGAGGGCUGUCCAAUAUGCAGUUGUAUAGCGCCAUCUGAGACAAGUUAUAAAGUUGAAGUGCAAAGAAUUGUUGUAGAAAAGGUUUUGAGUUGUGGAGAGCAAUUUUCAUGCCAACAACGAUGUCAGUUUGGGUUCAAAACCGGUACAGAUGGUUGUCCAAGCUGCACGUGUCUGCAACCGAUAUCUGGACCUACAGAAACACCGGACACACAAAACAAACUCACGGCCAUGGAGGCAUGUCCGGAUACUGUCAAAUGUAUAAUGGAUUGUAAAGGAACAUACAAACUGGCACAAAAACCUGGAGAAGGUUGUCCGGACUGCCAUUGUGUCAGUAAUGGUCCCGGCUGCUUUGGACCAUCUUGUUCUGCGCCUGGUUCCAGAUACCCGGUGUUAGAAACUAGUACCCCUGCUCCUGGAGAAUGUGUGGCUAUAUUACAUUGUGUUAUGACAUGUCAAUCAGGAUAUGAUAUCGGGGAAUAUAGCAGAGAUGGGUGUCCAACAUGUACAUGUGUUCAAUAAAAAACAAACCUAUAUACCAUAUUAAUUCGUAAUGUUUAUCGUGCAUAGUUCAUU